ACUUUAACAGACACUAACAAUGUCAGUUGAUAUGGCUAGUGAGAGAGAUCUCCUAUCCACCGAGAUCGUCAACAAUGGAAUCGAAUCCUCCGGCCCCAAUGCUGGCUCCCUCACUUUCUCCGUCAGGGUCCGGAGGCGCCUGCCGGACUUUCUCCAGUCGGUGAACCUCAAGUACGUCAAGUUGGGGUACCACCACCUCAUCAAUAAUGCUAUAUACCUGGCCACCAUACCUAUUUUAGUGCUGGUGUUCAGUGCUGAGGUUGGGAGUCUCAGCAGGGAGGAGCUGUGGAAGAAGCUCUGGUUUGAUGCUCGUUAUGACCUAGCCACUGUGCUUGGCUUCUUCGGGGUCUUUGUCUUCACUUUGUCUGUCUACUUUAUGUCUCGCCCUCGCUCCAUCUAUCUCAUUGAUUUUGCUUGCUUUCGCCCUAGUGAUGAUCUAAAGGUGUCAAAGGAGCAAUUCAUAGAGCUAGCAAGAAAAUCAGGCAAGUUUGAUGAACAGAGCCUGGAAUUCCAGGCUCGAAUUCUCAACUCAUCAGGUUUAGGCAACGAGACCUACAUCCCAAAGUCAGUGAUCACUUCCACUGAGAACACUGCAACCAUGAAAGAAGGUCGAGCCGAGGCCUCACUGGUGAUGUUCGGAGCACUUGACGAGCUCUUUGAAAAGACCAAGGUCCGUCCCAAGGACGUAGGUGUUCUUGUGGUGAACUGCAGCAUAUUCAAUCCCACACCCUCCUUGUCCGCCAUGAUCAUAAACCACUACAAAAUGAGGGGCAACAUUUUGAGCUACAACCUGGGUGGCAUGGGCUGCAGCGCUGGGAUCAUAGCCGUUGAUUUGGCUAGGGACAUGCUUCAGGCAAAUCCCAACAACUAUGCUGUGGUGGUGAGCACCGAGACGGUGGGAUAUAAUUGGUACCCGGGAAGUGAUAGGUCUAUGCUCGUUCCCAACUGUUUCUUCCGCAUGGGUUGCUCCGCCGUGCUUCUCUCCAAUCGCCGCCGUGACUACCACCGUGCCAAGUAUCGCCUCGAACACAUCGUUCGAACACAUAAAGGCGCCGACGAUCGUAGCUUCAGGUGUGUGUACCAAGAAGAAGAUGAGCAACGGCUCAAGGGGCUAAAGAUCAGCAAAGAGCUAGUGGAAAUCGGUGGUGAGGCACUGAAAACCAACAUCACCACUCUCGGACCUCUAGUCCUUCCCUUCUCGGAGCAGCUCCUCUUCUUCGCUACAUUGGUCUCGAGGCACUUGUUCAACAAAGAAGGUUCACAGCUCUCUUUAUCUUCGGGCAAGCAGAGUCGACCCUACAUUCCUGAUUUCAAGCUGGCAUUCGAGCGCUUCUGUGUGCACGCCGCGAGCAAGACUGUGCUGGAUGAGCUGCAGAGAAACCUCGAGCUCAGCGAAGAGAACAUGGAGGCGUCGAGGAUGACGCUGCACCGAUUUGGUAACACUUCGAGCAGUAGCAUAUGGUAUGAGCUGGCUUACAUGGAAGCAAAGGAGAAAGUGAAGAGAGGAGACCGAGUUUGGCAGUUGGCGUUCGGGUCUGGAUUCAAGUGCAACAGCAUUGUUUGGAGGUCCAUGCGCCGGGUUAGGAAGCCUUCAAGGAAUCCAUGGCUGGAUUGCAUUGAAAGAUACCCAGUCAUGAAUUGAGAUUCCUCUCUAGCUAAGCUAGUGUUAUGAAGAUUACUGAAGCUGAUCGAAGAUACCUAGAUGAUACGUACCGAUGACUAAAAACUUAUUAAUUUUUUACUUUUAUUUUCUCUUUAAUAAUAUUAUUACCCUUAAUUCUCUUUGAACUCAAGACAUCGAUAAGUCCAGUAUACAGAAGGGCCUCUUUCAAUGUGGGGGAGCAGAUUGGGAUGUGAAGUGAAACAGCGAUGGAGUGGUUGCCUCUAUCACAUCCAGCAGUUGAGAAACUCGGGCAUUUAGAUGUUGUAAAUCAGUUCUUUUCAAAGUAUUUGAAUUAGGGUUUUGAACGUUUGCCUUGUGUUAAUGUUAUUGCACUUCUAAGAGGAAGUGCCAAAUAGUAUUCUGAUCCGUAU